AUGAAGAAAAUGGACCUGCGUUCCAGCAGUCGACGUCGUAAGGACUCACGUCACCGUGAGCCCGCGGCGAUGGUGAUCGGCGACCCUGUGUUAGUCUCGUAUGAUUCAGCAAGUCCGGAAUCGAUGAGGAUGUUGUCACGGCCCAAUCAUCUAGAUGCUCGCGUUCACGCUGGGACAACGAAUGGUGUGUCGGCCAUUACAGCUGCUGCUGACAGACAAGCUCGUAGCAAAAGUGCACGCCGUCAGGGUGUCGUGAUGCUGUCGCCGUCAUCACCGGAUUCUUCGGAAGACUCAUUCCUCUCAUCGGGUCAUCGGCGACCUCCAGGCACGUCGUCGAGCGCGCGACGAGAUCGCUCCGUGCCUCCUCAGCUGGUGGACAAUGAUUACGACUACGCACCCCAAGGAACGUCUACGCAGGGAGCGGGGAUCGUAUGA